AUUACUUGCCUUCAAAACCACUACUAAUAUUAAGCACAAAAAUAAAUAAAAUAAUUUCAAUUUUUUUUUUGCUUUGAAAAAUAUAUGGAUCAGCUGGAAGAGAAAACCAUGGAAGAGUCAAUAAUAAUAAGCAGAUUCAAAAGGGUUUGUGUUUUCUGUGGAAGUAGUUCUGGCAAGAGAGAUUGCUACCGUGAUGCUGCCCUUGAGCUUGGCCAGGAGCUGGUUUCAAGGAAGAUAGGCCUCGUUUAUGGAGGAGGAAGUAUUGGACUUAUGGGCAUGGUAUCUCAAGAAGUCCAUCGCGGUGGUGGACACGUACUUGGAAUCAUCCCCAAGGCUCUGAUGCACAAAGAGAUAACAGGGGAAACGAUCGGAGAGGUGAGAACAGUUGCAGACAUGCACCAAAGGAAGGCCGAGAUGGCCCGCCAUUCUGACUGUUUCAUUGCUCUCCCAGGUGGCUAUGGAACUUUGGAAGAGUUAUUAGAAGUCAUCACGUGGGCCCAGCUUGGAAUCCACGACAAGCCUGUGGGCUUGCUUAAUGUGGAGGGCUACUACGAUUACCUACUAACUUUCAUAGACCAAGCUGUAGAAGACGGCUUCAUAUUUCCUUCACAACGGAACAUAGUCGUCUCUGCUCCUAACGCUCGAGAACUUGUUCAAAAGCUAGAGGAGUACGUUCCAUCGCACGAUGGAGUGGUGGCAAAGGUGAAGUGGGAGGCCGAACAAGUGGAGCUGAAUGCAUCUUUGCAGACGAGUAUUGCUCGUUGAACAGAAACAAAAAACCACAAGAAAACAAACUAAAGUUACUGAUGAUGAUUAGAUAUGAUGAUGAUGAUGAUGAUGAAGCAACAACUGUAAAAUAUCUUCUUUUUAAUUAUUUUCGUAAUUUUAAUCUUCAUUUUCUGUACAAAAGUAUUUAUUUAAUGACGGCUCUUAUAUAUUUAUAUAUAUAUAUAUAGUAAUAUAGUACUAGCUAGCUAGUCUUUCUUGA